UUUAUAAAAAGCAGGAUAGCGCAAAAACCCUAGUCUCUCCGCCUUCACCCAUAGCCAGAAGCUCUUCUGUCCCUUACACUCAAGAGUCAGAGAAAGAUUGAAAGAGGAGAUAUGGGAAGUGAUAGCGAAGCAGAGAGGUCGCAGAAGCAGGAGAAGGACAAGAAGAAGAUUUUGGCUCUGUCUCCUAUCGCCAAGCCCCUUGCUGGUAAAAAGCUCUGCAAAAGAACCCUCAAGUUAGUUCGCCAAGCUGCUGAACACAAAUGCUUGAAGAGAGGUGUGAAAGAGGUGGUUAAAAGCAUUCGGCGUGGUCAUAAAGGGUUAUGUGUUAUAGCUGGGAAUAUAUCUCCCAUAGAUGUAAUCACUCAUGUCCCAAUCUUGUGUGAGGAGUCUGACAUUCCUUAUGUAUAUGUUCCCUCAAAAGAAGAUCUUGCAAAUGCAGGAGCUACCAAGAGACCUACGUGUUGUGUUCUGGUGUUAACCAAGCCUCCUAAGGGAGAACUAGUCCAGGAGGAACAGGAGAAAUUGAAGGAAGACUUUUCUCAAGUUGCAGCUGAUGUAUCUGAACUUAACUCCUCUCUUUUCUAGUGGAGAAAAUGGUAGUUAUUGUAGUUUGGGUGAUGUAAUAUACAGUUGUUGAAGUGAUUUUGUUGCGGUUGGAUAAUGUAACAAAGCUUUUCUCCCCAUCAAUGGUAAUGAUUUUUAGGAAAUUAUUAAA